AUGAGUGAGGAAACAUUAAAAAAAAUUUUUCAGUUAAAAGAAAUAAAUGAUAGAUUCAUCAUUGAUUUAAACAUAAAUAAGAAGCAAUUUUCUUACAAUGAGUUAUACUUGGAGAUAGAAAAAUUACUAAAUUUUUUUGAAAAAAUAGGCAUAGGCUAUGGAGAAGAGGUUUCCAUUAUUUUAUUUAAUAGCAUAGAAUUUGUUUUAACAUUUUUAAGCUUAAACUUUAAUAACAACAUAUGCUUACCUUUAAAUACAAAUUUGAAAAAAGAGGAAUAUAAAAAAUUUAUUGUGAAUAAUUGCAAGUAUAUAAUUAUACAUGAUUAUGAGGAAAAUGAUGAAAAUUAUUAUAAUAUUAAAAAAAAGCAUAGUUAUUUCAAAAAUGUUUGUGAAUAUAUAAAAGAGAUAGCUGAAGAAUACCAUAUUGGUUUAAUAAAAAUAAAAAAAAAUAAAGAUAAUCCGUACUUUACAUAUUCAUAUAUAUCAAAUGAAGAAAAAAGAAAAAACAGUAAUGAGUAUUCUAAAAAGGGGAAUCUUGAAAAAAUGAAUUAUGAAAAAAAAGAUAUUUGUCUACAUUUACAUACAUCAGGUACUACAAGUAAAGUAAAAAUAGUUCAAUUAACAAAUAAUAAUAUUAAAACAACUAUAAACAAUAUUUUGAAUUCUUAUAAUAUAAAUAAAGAUGACAAUACAAUAGUAAUAAUGCCAUUAUAUCAUGUACAUGGAUUAAUUGGUGUAUUAUUACCUAUUUUAUUUUCUAAAGGAAAUAUCUUAUUUCAAAAAGGCCAUUCAUUUAGUGCAUCAGAAUUUUGGUUGAACAUAAUAGAAUAUAAUAUAACUUAUUUUUCAGCAAUACCAACAAUGCUAAAAAUAUUAUUAAUACGAUAUAAUAACGAUUAUAUAACAAAAUAUAGUAACAAUGGUAAUAAAGUAAAACACAAUUUGAGAUUUAUUAGAACUUCUAGUUCUUAUUUAGAAGAAAAAGUAGAAAAAGAAAUUGAAGAGAAAUUUGAAACAACUGUUUUGCAAGCAUAUGGAAUGACUGAAGCUUGUCAUCAAGUGAGCUCAAACAUAUUUUUAAAUCAUUUAGGUAAGAAAGAAAUUCAUAAAAAAUAUAAAAGUGUUGGAAUUGCAAAUGUAGGUGUUAUAAUAUAUAAUGAAGAAAAAAAAAGAAUAUGUAACUAUAAUGAAUUAGGAGAAAUAUGUAUCAGUGGAAAAAAUAUUAUGCAUAGUUAUAAAGAACAAGGAGAUAAUGAAAAUAUAUUUAUAUAUGUAAAUACCUUACAAGAAAAAAAAGAUUAUAUGAUAAAUAACAAAUUCUUAGAAAUUUCAAAAAGUGUUUCUUUUUUUAAAACGGGAGAUAUUGGUUAUAUAGACGAAGAAAAUUUUCUUUUUAUAUGUGGUAGAAUUAAAGAUAUAAUAAAUAGAGGAGGAGAAAAAAUACUUCCUAAUGAUAUAGAUGAUGUUUUAAAAAAUAAUCAUUUAGUAAGUGAUUGUUUAACUUUUUCUUCCCAAGAUAAUAUAUAUGGAGAAAUUAUUAAUACAGCUGUUAUUUUAAACGAGAAUAAUAUUAUUUAUGAUAAUUGUGAUAUUUCAAGUGAUAUUGGAAAUAGACAAUAUAUUUCUUUAAAUGGAUAUAUUAAAAGUGGAAGAAUAAAAAGUAGUGAUAAUGAAAAAGAUAAUUUGGAUAAUGAAUAUGAUAUGAAUGUAUCAGUGAACUUGAAUUUAAAUUAUUACAAGUAUGGAGAGAUAUUAAAAAAUUAUAUGAAAAAUUAUUUGGCAGAUUUUAAAAUUCCCCAGAAUAUAUAUUUUGUUAAUAAUUUUCAAAAAACGAGUACAGGAAAAGUUUCUCGAAAAAAUGUUUCCGAAAGCAUAGAAAAAUUAAAAAAUAUAGAAAUAAACAUUUUUGAUAUAAUUUCAUUAAUUUUUAAAAAAUAUGAAAUAGAAUAUAUAUAUGGCUUAUAUGGAUUACCAAUAAAUAAAAUAAUUUAUAGUUUUAUUAAAAACAAUAUUUACUUUAUAAGUUUUAGAAAUGAAAUAAAUGCUUCUUUAAGCUGUAAUUAUGUAAAUUUUUUUGAUUUAAAUAAAGGAAAAAAAAAAAUUGGAAUUCUAUUAACGUGCUCAGGGCCAGCAUUCAUAAAUACUUUAAGUGGUUUAUAUAACGCAAAAAUUAAUAAUUUUCCAAUGAUAUUAAUAUGCUUCGAAAAUUUUAUUGAUGAAAAAUUAUGCUUAUUUGAAAAAUAUUAUAAUUUUCAAUAUUUCCCUCAACUAAAUUUUUUAAAAAAGGCAAAAGAGAUAUGUAAUGAAUGCUAUAAUGUAGAUUCAUUAGAAUCAUUCGUUACCCAAUUUUAUAAUUGUAUAAGUACUUCUAUUAAAAGAAAGUCCCCUGUAUAUUUAAAUAUUGAUUACAAGUUAAUAGGAAAGAGGAUACUAGUUGAUAAAGCCAUUGAAAUAUUAAAAUUAAAUGAUAGUUAUACAUUAACUUACUUUGAUUAUAAAUCAAAUAUACUAUUAUCUAAUGAAAAAAACAUAUUAUUUAAGAAAUUAGUUGAUAGCUUUUGUAGAAUAUAUAACUCUAAUAAAAAAGGAGUAAUUUUUUUAGGUAUUAAUUGUAAUCAUGGAACAAAAUAUAUUUUGAAAAUAUCGGAACUUUUAAAAUUGCCUAUAUAUGCAAAUACUAUAGCAAAAUCUUUUAUUAAAGAAAAUUAUAUAUAUAAUGUUAAUCAGUGUAAAUCAUAUCUUUUCGAAAAUAUCGAUUUUUGUUUUGCUAUUGGUUCUGUUUUUAAUUUUUAUUUUAAUUUUGGAAAUUUUCAACAUUGUAAAAAGGAAAAUAUGUUAUGUAUUGAUAUAAAUAAUGAUGAAUAUGAAGAGAAUAAAAUAUUAAUCUCUCAUUAUUUUUUUUCUGAUUUAUAUUUUGUUUUAAAAAAAUUAUAUUUUACUAUAAAAAAUGUUGUUACUGUAGAUACUAAUUUACGAGAAAAAUGGAUUAUCAAUUUAAAUGAAGCAAAAAAAAAGAACAUAAAAAAAAUUUCUCUUUCAGCAGUACAAUAUUUAAACAAUGAAAAAUUUACAAUGGAGCAAGCGUUGCUUAUUAUCAGACAUAUAUUGAUCAAUUAUUUUUUUUUUAUAAAUGACAUUUCUCCCAUAUAUAAAAAAUAUUUUAUUAAUUAUUUAAAAUAUGUUGAUAGUAAAAAAGUGGAAGAUUUUGUUAAUUCGAUAGAUGGAGAAAUGGAAGAGAAUAAAGUUUUUGAUAACAAAAGUAAAGAUAAUAAUAUAAAUUCAUCAGAAAUAGAUGAUGAAAUACCUGAAAAUGAUUGUGAUUUAAGUGACAGCAGUUUGGACGAAGAAAAUUAUGAAAAAAAAAAAAAAAAUUCUAAAUUUUUAAAUAAAGAUAUAAAAAAUAGAUUGAUAAUUACUAAUGAAGGAUCAAUAACUUUAAUAUUAGGGAUAUUAUAUUUACCAAAAUUUGGUCCGUUUAAUUAUGUUAUACCUCAAAUAAAUGGAAUGAUGGGAAUAUCAAUGAAUGCUUCUAUUUCCUCUUCCUUAAAUGAUCCUAAUAAUAUAACCUUUUCUAUUUUGGGAGAUUCUUCUUUUGGAUUUACUUCAAAUGAAAUUGAAACAAUAUGUAGAUUAAAGUUAAAGAUUGUUUUAAUUAUUUUUAAUAAUAAUGGUAUAUAUGGUAACAGAGAAUACCAAGCAAAAAAAACAAACAUUCAUGAUGUUGAUUUUUAUUUGCAAAAUCCCUCUUCCUUAUACUUUUUUAGUAAAUAUGAAAAUUAUAUUACUUCACAUGGUGGAUAUGGUUGUUAUGUUGAUAAUAAAAAGGAAUUUAUUAAACAAAUGAAACAUAUAACAAGUAAAGAUUUUAACAAUUUUCCAGUUUUACUAAAUGUAAUUACUGAGGAUACUGGCUUCGUAAAUUUCCAAAUAGAUAAAUAUAUACAAUAA